ACAGUCAGCACACGUGCUUCGCGGGGCGCCGCUUCGCGACCGGCACGGGGUGAGGAUCGGCCCGACAUGGGCCAUGGGCGUGGGCAGACGUCAUUGCGGUUGAUUCAUUGCAUAACCAAACAAGAACCUGACUUUAUGACUUCCAAAUAUAACUACGCACGACCGCGGCAUCCGUGCCCAGGCUUGAGUGUCAGUUUUGUUCGAAAAGCAACACUGAAAUGUGCCUUCAUUAAUCUUUUGGCGGGUGCUUUAAUUUAGCCAUGAAACUUUGCGUAACGUUGCUUGACGACGCCCCCGCGGUAGAAGCUUUCCUGGCAUGAGCCCAGGCUUUGUGCUAGCGCUCGUUUUGCUCCUCAAUUCAUGCAGAGCUGUGGUCCUUACAUCCUUGGAUGAACUUUUAUGGGGACCAGCGCUGCCGGGCCGAGACGGGGCGCUGCGGCUGUCCGGCGGUCCGGACGGGGCUCCGGAGGGCCGCCUGGAGGUGUUCCAUGCCGGGCGCUGGGGCGGCGUUUGCUCCCUCCUCUUUGACACUGCGGCGGCAGCUGUAGCCUGCCGCGCCCUGGGCUUGCCGACGACCAAUGCCACAGUGCUACUGCCGGAUGCUGACCCACUCGCCAUUGCAGCAGCAGUGGCAUCACCUGCGGGUCGGGCUGCGGGUGGCUACGGCGUUGGCCGGCUUACGUCGAUGUCGCCACCGGCGGUGCCGGGGCGUAUCUGGCUGGAUGACGUAGUGUGUGAGGGCAGCGAGGCGGCGCUGAUGCAGUGCCGGACGGGCGGCUGGGGCGCCACCUCCUGCCCGCCGCAGUGGGCGGUUGGCGUCCGCUGUGGCGGUGGCGGUGGCGAUGGUGGUGGCGGCGGCGGCGGCGCCGACGCCACGGGUGUCGGUGCAGCGGGUGGCUCCGACGCGGCAGCCGGCGCAGCCAGUGCUGCGGGAAGUGGUACUGGCAGUGCCAAUGGUGGUGGCGACACAGGUUCCGUCCGGCUCCGACCCAACUACCUGAUUCCCGCAGCCAGCCCGGACUACGUGCCCGUACGAGUUGGGGUUGUGCAGCAGGGUGUGCUGCAGGUGUCGGUGGGCGGCGUGUGGGGAUACGUGGGCGGCGGGGGCUUCAACGCCGCGGCGGCGCGCGUAGCGUGUCGGCAGCUGGGGCUGCUGCCGCCAGACGAAACAGCCGGCAACAGCAGUAGUAGCAACAGCGCAGUGGCAGCCAUCGAAUUUGCCACGGUGCCCUGGUUCCCGGACGCUCCCAUCUGGCUGACGGAGGUGGGCUGCGUGGGCUCCGAGGCGUCAUUGCUGCGCUGCGCCCGCCGCGGCCCCUUCCGCCUGCCGCCGGCAGCUGUUAGCGACGCCAGUGGCGCCGCCGUGCCCGCCUCCGGCGCCAGCGCAGCGGCGGUGGGUGCGGUGCUGGUCCCCUCGCUGAACUCCGCGGCUGGUGCGCCAGCCACGGUGGCCGUGGUCAAGUGCGGCGACAGCGAUCGGGAUGCUGGGGGCGGCGAUGUGGCGGCGCCGCCGCCGGCAGGCGAGGACGCAGCAGGGGCGGCAGGUGGCGGCCGGCGGCGGCGGCUGCAGGGUCUGCUGCUGACGGCGACACAGGGCGCCGCCGCUGCCGCUGCUGGUCCCACUUCCACGGGUGAGUCAGCAAGCAGCCGCAGCGUGGACGGCGGCGGCGACAGCGGACGUGGCCACUGGCAACGGAGGUCACUGCGUGCGUCGGGCACAGGAGCGGCAAGGGCUGCUGCUGACUCCGCGGACGCGACUGCGUCGCCGCCAGCUGACGGCGCGAGUAGCAAUGAGCCAGUCAUGCUGGCGGCGGUGUGUCAGCUGAUCCUGCGGGGCCGCAGGUCGCGGGCGGUUGCGACGGAUGCGCGCAGCACGAACAGCAACGGAGGGGCCGGGGAGUUGGGCGCCAACAGCCCUGUGCGUGAGGCCCUCCUGAAUUGCACAACAAGGGUUGCGGGCGGCGGUGGCGGCAGCAGCGGCGGCAGCGGCAGCAACGGCGGCAGCGGUGGAAACAGCGGGCGCAGUGGGCUGCUGCUGAAGGUCAUCGCCGGGCGCCAGUUUGUGAGCGCCCUUCUGCGGAACUGGACACCCGCUAGCAGCAGCCUGACGAGCACCAGCACUAUCACCAACACCAGCGUUUUGCCGGACCCGCUCACGGGGGCAGUGCAGCUGGACUUCCCCGACCUGGGCAUUUCAGUGGUGGUGGACCCCGAUGACCCCACCUAUGCCGGCUGGGGGCUGUUCUUCGGCGGCAUCUCCACCGAUGGUGGCAACGGUUCUGACGCCGUCUUUUCAGGCGGCUCUUACACCGGUGGCGGUAGCGGUGGCGGUGGUGGUGGUGGCGCCUCAGAUGGCAGCAGGAGUGGCGCCGCGGUGGCGGCGGCUACGCAGCAGCAGGGGGAGGACGAGCUGGUGGCGUUGGAGCUUGUGGACUCGGUCAUCUCGGAUCUGUUCCUCAGCACGUACACACCGGUGGUGGAGAUAGCGAAUGUGGCGCAUGUGGGCAUUCGCAACAGCAGCAUCUUGCAGCUGGAGGGGGCGCCCGCGGUGGCGUGGUCUGACGUGCAGAAUGGGGAGGUGUGGGGCCUGGAUCCAAACCCCAAGCCCACGUACGGCCCGUUCUGGGCGUAUGGCGUGGGUACGGCACGCAUGGAGGGCGUAACCUGCGCGGGCGUCGUGCACGCGCACGGCUGGGGCUGCUUCCUUCUGGACUUUGAUCGCGACCAAUACACAAGGGCGCUGGCACUGGGGCUAGUGAGCAGCAGCAAUAGUAGUAGCAGCAGUAGCAGCAGCAGUGGCAGUGGCGUGCGCCGGCUGCUGCCGCCGGUGCCGCUGCUGCUGAUGCAGCGCUGCCGCGUGCUCGGCACCUCAGUCAUCGGCGGCGGCCCCGCCCGCUCCCGGACCGACUCGUGCGAUGAGGACAUAGCCACAGCCACCUACAGCGCCAACGCCUACUCAACAGCUCGCGCCAUUGACCUAAACGGUCGGCGCGUGGCGGUCGAGUACGACGCACGGUACGGCCUGGGGUACGGCGCCGUGGUCGUACGGCCAGAUUCCGCCUACCGCAUUGAGCUGUCGCAGCCGUACGCGGCUCAGCCGGCGGUGCAGCUGAGCGGCUGCGUGUUCGCCUUCAACACCGGCAACCGGGGCGCGGCGCUGGCGGUGAACGCGAUGCAAGGCGGGAAUCCCGAGGUGGUGGUGGACGACCGCAGCCAGCUGGUCGGCAACACGGCCUGGACACAUGGCGGCGCAAUCUGGGUGGCCGCGCUGGAGGUGGUCACUGGCAGCAGCUGGCUGCCCGGCGCGGUGCGGCUGGACGGCGGCGCGGCGCUGCAGCGCAACGCGGCCCUGUCCGGAAACGGCGGCGCCGUCUGGUCUAACGCCAGCAGCACCGUGACCGUACGGUUAGGAUCCACUGCGCAGUACAACGGCGCCAAGUUGAAUGGCGGCGCGGUCUAUAUAGGCACGCAGCCGCCGGUGGCGGAGCGCAACAGCCUGUACGGCUCGAUAAAGUACGGCGUACUGCCGCCAACGGAAGUGGUGAUUGAGGCGGGGUCGGCGCUGGGUGGGAAUUUCGCGAUGGAUGGCGGCGCGCUGUGGCUGGGUGCGGGCUGCGCCAACGCGGCGGCGGCGACCUGCAGCACCCGCGUCCGGCUGGACGGCGGGUCGCAGCUGCACGGCAAUGCGGCACUGCAGCGCGGCGGCGGGAUGCACGUUGCAGUAGGGCGGGGCGGGCUGGAGGCGGCGAACGGCAGCAGCCUGGCGGGCAACUACGCGGGCUCCACAGGCGGCGCCGCCAACUUCGCCAACGGCCUCAGUACGGCAGCACUGGUGGGCGCCCACCUGCUGUACAACACGGCGGGCGCGUCUGGCGGCGCAGUGUACGGCGCCGCCGCCACGGCUGCCGCCGCCACCGCCAGUGGUACCAUUAGCGGCAGCAGCAGCAGCAGCAUUAGCAUGGCUGCCGCCAACGCCACAGCGGGAGUGGUGCUGAUUUUGAACAGCACGGUUGCUAACAACACGGCUGUGGGGCUACACGGCGGCGCGUUCUGCGGGCCCGUCAGCUGGCUGGAGCUACGGCAGGGUGCGGCUGUGGUUGGCAACUCCGCCUCAAGCACAGGGGGCUUCCUGUACUCCGAGGACGUGCUUGCCACUGUGCUGAUGCAAGACAGCACCGCGUCUGACAACUCCGCAGACACCGGCGGCUUCAUCGCCUACCGCCCCUCCUCCAGCUCCACAACAGCUGCCGGCGCCCCUGCCAACACGGGCUCUGCCCCGUCCUCCACGGCCUCCGCCGCCGCGACCUCGACCGCCUCCGCCGCGGCUCCCGCUGGCGGCGCGGGGCCCGCUCAGCUGGAGCUGAACUGGACGUUCAGCCGGUCACUCAUUGCGAACAACAAAGCCGCAGCUGUUGACGGUGGCGCAUUUCUGAUGGAGGGCGUGCCAACCGUCUCCACGCGUGGCGUGCACGUGGGCUUCACCGACACCCGCCUCGCCCACAACAACGCCUCCUUCGGCAGCGGCGGCGUCUUGUUCCUGCGCUUCACCGCGUACGACACAACCACCGCCACCGCCUCAACAUCUUCCGGCAGCGGAAGUGGCAGUACUUUCACGCCGGUGAACGUCACAAUUAAUUUUGAUAAUGUUGAUGCAGUCAGCAACCGCGCCUCGGGCGCGGGAGGCGUGCUGUGCCUGGUGGGAGGCCGCAACGCGCAGGCGGUGUCAGUGCGGGUGCGCGGCGGUUGCAUGCGGGAGAAUCGCGCCGGGCACGGCAACUCCGCGCAGGGUGCCGUCAUGCGGGCAGGCGGCGCCGUCUACGUCGGCCUCCUGAUCGGCAAGAGCAAGAGCCUGGCCUCCUCAACCCUCCCCUCCAAAUCCGCUUCCCCGUCCGCUGCUCCCGCCUCGGCACCAGGCAGUACUGCGGCCGGCGCCCCUGCCCCUGCCGCAGCGGCUGGGGCCCCGGCAGGGACACCGUCAGCCGCUUCGGCCGCAGGAGCCAUCGCGGGUGUCGGCAUGGGUAGCGGCGGCCCCCCUGCUGGUGCCGCUUCUGCUGCUGGCACCAACACCGGCAGCACUGCUGCCACGGCCCCGCCGUUGAUGGUUCCCUGUGAGACCUACUUCGAGGGAGUGACCAUGGUGGGCAAUGCCUGCGGCGGCGGCCCCGGCGGCGCAGUGGCGCUGGUGGCCUGUACAGCGUACGUAACCGGCCGGUCCUACUUUGGCGCCAACGUAGCUGACACGGACGGUGGCGCGAUUGCCGUACUGGACGAAUACACCAUCCUGGCCCCUGAUGUCAGCAGCCGCCUGGCUGGGCUGGCGGGCGCCGUGCCCUGCCUCACGCCCGCGCCGCCAUCGCCGCCGUCGCAAGUGCCGCCAACUCCUGAGGCGCUGCCACGUGGCGGUGCCGACGUGGCUGCCGGCGGGUUGCCAUAUGGGACUGGUGGCAGCGGUGUGUUUACUGGUCAGCGCCGGCUGCAGCAGCAGGCGCCGGCAGGAAGUGGCACAAGCAGCACCAGUGGCAGUAGCACUGCAGGUGGCUCCGGCAGUAGCAACGGCGGCGCAACCGGCAGUAGCGGCAGUAGUAGCAGUAGUAGCAGUGCCGUCAACCGGCCGCCAGACACGCUGCUCGCGUUCGACUCCACGUUCGCCGCCAACCAGGCCCGGGGCGGCGGCGGCGGCGCCGUGUUUGGAUCUCUUGCCACUCUGUCCAUCACCAUCACCCGCUGCAACUUCACCGGCAAUGACGCCAGCAGCGGCGGCGGCGGCGCUGUGGCACUGCGGCGAAUGGCUGUGCCGGCCGACUCCAAGGCUCCGCCCACACAGGUCGGGCUGACCACGCUGACGGGCUGCGUGUUUCGCGGCAACUCCGUAAGCAACGGCGCCGGCGGUGCAGUGUUUAUGGACGUGUCGGGUGCGCAGCUGGACGUCAGCGGCUGUGUCUUUGACGCCAACGCCGCCGCCGGCGCCGCCAGCCCCGGCGGCGGCGGCCUGGCGGCUGACCUGGUGCCCACGGCGGCGGCACUCAGCGGCGCCGCCACCUCGCGGGCCGACCUGCGUGGCACUCCCGCGUGGUUCCCGGCCGUGAUGCGGGCUGGGCCGCUGGUGUCGCUUAGGAACAGCAACUUCACACGCAACGUGGCCGCCACCUCCGGCUCGGGCGGCGGCGUGCUGCUCACCUUCCUCGACCUGUACACGCCCCUACGCACGGAGGUCACCGCCUGCCUCUUCGCCGCCAAUCUGGCCGCCCGCCACGGCGGCGGCCUUGCCUUGAUAGCCGUGUCCGCCACGCCCCUCGCCGCCCUGCCCAACACGUCCACCAGCGCCACCGGCCUGCCGCCGUCCGCCGCCUUCUCUACAGCCGGCGGCGGCGCCUCGCUCUUCGCGUCAGCGCAGACUGUGCUGAACGCGAGCGUGUUCCAGGGGAACCAGGCUGUGGGGCGGGGGGGAGGUGUGUUCGUGUCGUCGGUGGUGCGCGGCUUGGAGCGUGCCACGGCGACAACGUGGGGCCGCUACCCGCCCGCCCCCCUGGCGCUGCAGCUGCUGCGGUGCUCGCUGGACGCAAAUACGGCUGGCACAGGCGGCGGCGGCCUAGCGGCCAGCAGCCCUACAGUGCGCGCCCUCGACGGGGCAGAUGCACGUGACGACGCGGCAGAGGAAAUCAUGGCACACCUGCUGGCUGGCAGUGGCAGUGGCAGUGGCAACAUGAGCAGUAGCAGCGGCAGCAACAGUGCCGCCUCAUCCUCUGGCGGCAGUAGCGGGUACACUGCCGCGCGCGAGUUCCAGCCGCUGACAAUUGACGCAAUCACCAGCAAUGUGACCGCCAAUGCGGUCUAUGCGAUCGCACUGUGGAGCACUGUUAGCGGAAGUGGCAGUAGCAGUGGCAGUAGCAGUAGCAGCGGAACGCGUUAUUACAUGGAGUCAACGACCGGCUCCUAUACCACAACGCCUAACGGUGUCGUUGCUACGGCCGCAACCCCCGGCAGCAGCAGUAGCAGCGGAAGCAGCAGUAGCUCCACGGCGGACCUGCAAUCCAGCAGUAGCAGUAGCAGCAGCGGCGGCAGUAGCAGCAGCAGCACCGGAGACGGCACGGGCGGAGCCGUGCUGGGGGGCGGGGGCCUGCUAGCCGAUGGCUUCGCCCGCAUUUUGCUGGCAGGGGGGCGCGUCGCUCGGAACACAGUGCUCACUCAGGUGCUUGUGGACGGUGGUGGCGGCGGCGUGCGCGCCGGCGACGGCGUCACGCUGGUGAUGCUGCAGGCCGCGGUGUACGGCAAUGCUGCGUACGGCCAUGGGGGCGGCAUCUACUGCGUCAGCUGCCGCGCGGUGGCGCUCGUGGCCAGCAGCAUCAGCUGGGGCAGAUCCUCCUACGGCUGGGGCGGCGGCGUGCAUCUGUCAGCCUGCGCCGUGGCGGGUGUGCUGGGUACCACGGUGUCCAGCAACCUGGCACCCACCGCCGCUGGUGUCUAUGCCGGCUACCCGGCCGCCGCGUCAACGGACGCAGGAGCUGUCGACAGCAGCAUGACCGCAGCGGUUGGUGCAGCUGCAGCUGUCAACGGCAGCAGCCUGGAUACGGCAGCAGUCUAUACGGCCGUACGAUCCGCAGAUGCCGCAACGCUCGUGAUCCUGUACGGCAGCGUUUUCCACAACAACACAGCCUCGGCUGCGCUGGCGGCCGCAGCAGCCGCCGCGGGCGGUGCCGGAAGUAGUGACACCGGCGGCAGCAGCAGCAGCAGCAGCAGUGGCGUUAGCAGCCAGAGUGGCGCAUCAUCUUCAACAGACAUCGGUAGCAGCAGUAGCUAUGAGAAUCACGGAGGCGCGCUCUUCCUCUCAGGCCGUGUGGCAGCUGCCGUGCUACAGUCUGAUCUGGCGGCUGGUAACGCCGCCAUGUACGGCUCCGCAAUCUCGUCCACACAGACCUGUGAAAACCGUACGGCGGCGGCUGCAACUGGCAUUCGCCUGCUGGCGGGCGCGUCCGUGUUCGGCAGCAGUAUCACGGCAGCAGGGAACGGCAGUAGCGCUGCUGUCGGGGCCACUAAUGACAGUCUCGCAAACCCGGCGGCGGCGGCUGUGAAUGUGGCGGCGGCGGGCGCCGCCGCCUUCAGUCGCACGCUGGCGGCGCUGCAGAUAUUGGCAGACAGCCGCUGCUACGUGGUCGCCGUGUCCGGUACCUGGCUGCCGGCGGCCUCCUACACCAGCGCGAACAGCAACGGCGACGCGACAGCCGCAGAGAGCACGCAGCAGUCGGCCGACAGCAGCGGUAGCGGUGGCAGCGACGUCCCUCUAAUGAUGGGUGACACAGGCGCCGCAUCACUGGCGGUGGGCGGCUGCGACGACGCGCGGCUCAUGGGCCCGGCGGGAUCGCUGACUGGCUACGGCAACUUGACGGCAUCGCUGUUGGUCCUUGCCCUGAACGCCACCAGCCUGAGCCCGCUGCUGCCGGUAUUGCUCAACGGCCGCGCGCCGCCGUCACCCGCCGCCAUGCUGACGCAGCUGCGCGGCGCGGAGGAGGCGCUGACGCGGGUGAUCGUGGCGCGACAGAACGACACCGCCAACAGCCAGCAGCUGCAGACUGCUGGCGGCAGUGGCGGCAGUAGCAUGGGCGGCAUGGGGAUAGGCACCACAAGCAACGGCAGCAGCACCAGCACCAGCAGCACCAGCACUGAUAAUGAGGAGGAGGAGGAAGAGCAGCUGUUGGCAUCCGAGGCCACGCUCGCGGCGGGGCUGCAGGCCUGCUCCGCACGCACGCGCCGCAGCUACGCGAGCGCGGCGGCCCUCGCCGCCGGCGACAGAAUCUCUGGCGGCCUCGAGGCGGAGGACCUGAUUGAUGGCAGUAGCAGCAAUGCCGACGGCAGCUCGCUCUCCGGGGACAGCAGCAGUAGCUACCUCGCGUUGCCGCCCAAGGCGAUGGUCAUGGUCAGCUUCGCACCCGAGUCCGGAAGCGACUUGGUCGACGCGUCCGGCGUCAACGCCAGCGCAGUCAUGCUGUCAGGCGGUACAGGCAGCGCCAUGCCCAGCACCAGCACGGCAGCAGCAGACACGGCGCGGACGGCGGCGCAGCAGGCGCUGUCAGUGGCCGCCGGCGGCGCGGGUCCGGAGCACCGCCGCCACGUGCUCCGCACGGGUCAGGUGUACGGCAUCUCGAUUUACCUGCUCAACGGGCUGGGCAAGCGGGUUACGGUGGGCUCGUCCCAAUACCGUGCCGCCAUCAGUGUGGAGCCGGACCCGCUGCCGGGCGCCCUGGUGCCGUCUGGUCUGGUGGUCAGCGGCAUCGUCAAUACCACGUCUAUGGUGGCGGCAGGUGGAGGCAGCAGUAGCGGCAGUGGACAACAGCAGCAGGAGGAUUUGGAUCUGGGCGCGGCCUUUGGCGGGUCUGUGUUUGCAUCCAUCUCCGCCCGCGACUUGAUCAGCCCGGUGUCGCGCGGCGUGGCGACAUUCAGCAUGGUUGGCCUGGCGGGCUGGCCGGGCAACUACAGCCUCGUGUUCCGGCUGUCGCGUGUGGUGUCCGUGUCUUCUAGCGGCCUGAGCUCGGGGUCGGGUGCCGCCGACGCGGUGCUGGAGGCAACGUCCGUGCCCGAGCUGCGAAUGUCCAUCCUGCUGCUGCCGUGCCGCGUGGGCGAGCGCCUCGACAGCAGCAGGGUCACGGCCGCUGCGCCCCACAGCACCACCUGCUCGCCCUGCCCCACCCAGCAGCUGGCUUUCUGGCAGGACGACCGGCCGUCGCUGCAGGACCUGGCGGCAAGAGUGCUAGCGAACGCGUCCGUGGCGGCCGACGCCAAUGCAAGUGCCGCCAGCGGCGGUGGGGUACGCAGCAGCGGCAGCGCCGCCGUCUUGCCCCAGGACUUGGGCGCGACGAUGCUGCAGUGGAUGUUUGACUGGACGCAAGGGGUCGUAGAUGUCGCGAUUUGCAGCAACUGCCCAGAGAACGCAUUCUGCGGAGGUGGCGCGGAGGUGGCGCCGGUUCAGGGCUUCUGGCACUCCUCGCCCAACUCCACCCUCAUGCACCGCUGCCUCCAAGCCGACGCCUGCGCGCGCACCACCAACAUCCUGCCGGCCGUGGCCGCAGCCAACGCCGCGCUUCGCCUGUCCUCCUCCGCCGCAGCCGCUGCAGCCAAUGCUACAGCCGCCAGCAGCAGCGGCACGGCGGCGGCAGCUGGCGGCGCCACGGUGGUGGUCCGGCGGUACAGCACAGAUGACCCGAGGAUCAGCCUGCUGCUGAGCUGUCAGGCGCUAUUCUACCAGUCCUGGCCGGCCGGCUCGUACGCUCUGGCGCAGUACCAGGCCUUCGUACGGCAGCAACAGGAGCAGGUGGCUGUAGCAUCACGUGUCGUGCCUGACAACAGCACCGCCGCUACAGCUGCCGGCAGUAGUUCUCAGGCGCCGCCACCGGCACCAUCCCCUUCCACAUCAGGCGGCAACACCAUCGCCAGCGGCGCGAUGGCUGUAGCAUCCCCGGCCUCAGCAGCAGUAGCAGGAACCGGGGCUGUAGCUGUUGUGACUGACGUGGAGGACUUUUGCCUGUUGUGGGGUGUGGAGCUGUUCUCCUCGGCCGGCUACAUGAACGCUCAGUGCUCCGAGGGCUACACCGGGCGCCUGUGCGCCGUGUGCGAGCAAGGCUACUUCCUGACGGCGGAGGUGGAGUGCCAGAAGUGUCUGAGUGUGGAGCGCACGGCGGUGCUGGGCAUAGCGCAGUUCCUGUUCAGUGUGGCGCUGGUGCUGUACACGGUGUGGACAAACCUGCGCGAGGGUGCGGCCAGCUACAACCGCAACACACACCGGCAGAACCGCCAGGACCGGCUCGAACAGGAGGAGCAGCAUCAGCUUUUGCAGUCAGCACAGAGGCAGCUGAAACUUGCCUCCACGACAGCUGCUGGCGGCAGUGGCAGCGGCACAGCCCCCCACCUCACGAAAGCGGCCAGCCGCGCACGCAGCAGCAGCGGCGCCGCCAACGGUGGGACACGGCAAGGGCCACACGGUCCUCAGUCUGGAUUCGGCGGCGGCGGCGGCGGCAUGGCACCGCUGGCGACUGACGGCUCGGCUGGAGGGGGGUGGGAGGAGCGGGAGGGGUCUCACCGGUACGACGAGGACGAUGAGGACGAGAUCAGUGCCAGUGAGAUUCUUAAAACCGCAAUCGUACACAUACAGAUUUUCGUGACCAUCACGCGCCUCAACAUCUCUUGGCCGGACCUAAUCGUCCGCUUCCAGGGCUUCCUGCGCUCCGCCUCUGGCGCCGAGAACACAGUGGCCUACUCGCCCAGCUGCCUGUACCCGGAGGCUCAUUCCGGGUUCCAGGCCCAGGUGCAGCUGGUGGCGGCGCUCGUCCAGCCCUUCAUUGUGCUGCUGCUGGUGCUGUUCCUGUGGACAGCCAGGCGCAUGAUUUGGAGCCAGGCACGACUAAAGCGGAGCAGCCGCAGCAGCAAGCCCCACCGCAACCGCAAGCAGUCCUACGCCGCCGCGGCGGCGGUUAUGAACAGGCUCCGCGCAGCGCGUGAGGCGGCGGCGGCAGCCGCUCGGGCCGGCAAAGCCGGCGGCACGCCCGUUGGCUCGCAGGGCGCAGCUGCCACGGCUACUGGCAAUGGCAAUAGGGCUGCUACUACGCCGAAUGCAGUAGUGCGUGAUGCGAGAUGCUGCGAUUGCUUGCCAACCAUGAGGCGCGACGGAAGCAGCGUCGACCGGAAGCUGGGGGACGAGGGCAGCGGCGGAGUUGCUACUUCCAAGCCGCUGCCCCAGGAGCAGCAGACGCCGCGGGCGGCAGCGGGGCUAUGGGUCGGCCCCACAGACGGCGGCGCAGUCUUGCAGACCAAUGCGCUGUAUGACUGCGCCGCCGCACCUGGCGCGGUAGCACCCAUGGCGGGUGCCGGCACUGCCGUCGCAGCCUCGGCUCCUGCCUCGCCCCACAGCACCGUCGCCGCAGUAACGACGGAGCCAGUCGCCGCCAGUGGGUUUGCACCGCAAGGGGGACUGGAAGGAAAGGCGGCGCCGUUGGGGCCAGCGGAUGCAGCAGCAGCGCUGCCCGACGACGGCGGUGCCGUGCCCUUUGGAACCGCCACCGUUGCUGUGGCGGUGGCGGAGGGCGUGGAGGAGCCCGAGCCGGAGGCGGCAUCUGUGGCAGGUGCGGCGGCGGCUGUGGCGGAUGGUUCCGGCGCCGUUCACACCGCGGACGCAUCUGGGGACGAGCCGCCUGCAACACAGGAGCGAUUGACCAGUGGCUGGAGGCCCCGCGCCGCGGCCGCCGCCAACGGGGCAAGCGCGCCGCAGCGACCUGCAGGGGCUAGCCAAGCCAUGCGGCCCGCGCCGACGCUGCGCCCUGCCAACCUACCCGCCCUGAGUAUCCCCUGCGACCCAGCUUCCGCCGGCCCCGGUCCGGCCGUGAUUCACAUGGGCCUCGCCACGCCGCCCGCAACCGCCACCGGCACCACUGCCCGCGGCACCACCCGGCUCACGACCAAGGUGUACGGUGCGUACGGCGCCUUCACUAGCGGCGGCACGGGCGGGAACUGGAAGCACUCCGCCGCCGCCACCAGCGCCACUGCCGCCGCCGGCCCCCACGGACAGCAGCAGCAGCAGCAGCAGCAGCAGCACUAUCAGCACCCGCCAGGCAGCACCAACACCAGCACCUACCCCAACGGCCCCGCCACUAUUGGGCACCAACACCAGACGCCACUACCGCCGCCGCAUCCGGCGCCGCCGCCGCCGCCGCUGCAGCUCCUGCCCAGCGCCAGCAGCCAGCGGCUGGUCGGCACUCCCAACAGCAUCGCCAUGCCCACGCCUCAGUGGCGGGACGCACCGCGGCCGCGCUGGGCCCGCCUGUUUGGCUUCGCCACGAGCGGCGGCGGCGGCGGCGGCGGCCAGGGUGGCCACAUGUCUCACCUGAUGCACUUGGAUCAGGCGACCAGCCUGAGGCAGCAGCUGUUCGUGGUGAUGACGGUGGGAGUGUUCAUCCUCUACACGGGCUGGGCACAGGCCGCAUUCUCAGUGUUCGCGUGUGUGACGCUGGACGACGGCACAGGCAGCUAUCCAGAUCUACAGCUGUCCACGUGGCAGCGCGGCUACUGGCUUCGCAACAUGGCGCAGGAGUGCUACUCCGGCGAACACGCAACGCUGUGGCUGCCCAUCGGCAUCGUGGCGGUGGUGCUGGUGUGCGCGCUGCCGCCGCUCACCAGCGCCGUCAUCACCUACCGCAACCGGCACCGCCUGCACGAGCCCCGCACGCAGCUGGUGUACGGGUUCCUGUACAGCCGCUACAGGCCGUCGUUCUGCAUGUGGGAGAGCGUGGUCCAGCUGCAAAUGCUGAGCCUGGUGGCUGUGGAGGUUUUCGGCAGGGCGCUGCCCAUUGGCCAGCAAACGGUGCUGAUGCUGCUAGCCAUGAACGCGGUGGCGGCCAUAAACAUCUGCUGCGCGCCGCUGCGGCACGCGGUGAUGGGGGUGCUUGAGUUCAGCUCCAUGGCUGUGCUGAGUGCCACGGUGAUGGUGGGGCUUUUCCUGAGCGAGGGCCAAGACGGCGGUGCAACCGGGGCCGCCACCGGGACCGCGCUGGGUAUCCUCAUUGUCAUCAUGAACGCGGGCCUGUUGGCGGCCCUGGUGGCGCUCGUGGUCCACGCCAGCCGGCACAACAUCCGCAGGAACUGGGACUGGGCCCUCCGCGCCCUGCGCCGCAUGCGCCGCUGCCUGCGGCGCUGGUGCCGCGCGCACCUGUCCUCAGGCUGGUGCGGAGGCGGAGGCAGUGAAGGCGGCAGCGGCGGGCAAGGUGGUGAGGUUGGAGAGAGUGACAGCAGCAGUGAGGCGUCUGGCGACAGCGAUCGCGACUGUAGCGCCUGUGGUCAUCAGCCCACAGCAGGGGCUGGCGGCAGCGGCGUGGUGGUGAUGGCUGGUGCGGCGUCAGCGCCCGCCUCAACUGCGGCAUCGCUGUACCCACAGCAGCUGCAGCAGCAGCAGCAGCAGCAGCAGCCGGGCGGGCAGCAGGUGUGGCACGGGGCCCAUGGGGACUGGAGCGUGCACUCUAACCAGGUGCAGAGCGUGUACGGUCACAGCGGCGGUUACACUCCGCAGUACGACACCAGUACAACGCCGUACUCCCUGCCGGCCGCUACGGCGGCUGCGACAGGCGUGUCAGUGGCGAUGGUGUCAGGCUGGGGCUCCUCCACCGCGGCGGUAGGCUCCGACCCUGCUGCAGCGGCAGGAGCCGCGGGUGCGGCGGCUGCGACAAGGCCGUCAGCUGUCACGCCGGCGUCAUCAACGGGUGGGGACGCAAACGACCGGUCAUCUGGCCCCUGCCUGCAGGCACACCAGCGGCCGCACCAGCGCCACGGCCACCCGGCGGCGGCGCCGCUGCCUACCGUGAUGAGUGUGGGGCCACCAGAAGGCUCGGCGCUGCAGAGCGACGACUCACUGCAGCCCCCGCUGGGGGCGCCGAUGCAGCAGAAAUAGCAAUAGCCGCAGCAGCGGGGUCGUCUCUCGUCAUUGCCUUGGUGGAGGUGGAAUCGGCAGUGCCAGCAACAGCGGUGAAGGCAAGGCGUAGCAGCCAGCACGUCUAGAGACCCCCUUUACGUGUGGAUGGACUGCUGGGGAGCAGGCGCAAGGGUCAUGGUCAGAUGCAUCUUGCAAAGGCCAGAUAUGUCCGCUAGCAAGGGGCUGUCUUUGCCAUCAACAUGUGCGCCAGGCGGUUGUUUGAAAUUCUUGCACUUGGAAGGAGAUUAGACGUUGAUGCUGUUGCAGGCGUACGUGUCGCAUUGCGGCAACUAGUGUAUGCCAAGGUGCAUGCUACAUGAUAAGGAUGAAUAUAAGUGCAGGUUCAUGGCCGUGUUAGUAGAAGUACCGUAUAGCCACGCGCAGCCGGUCGAGAUGUGCAUCACACGUGGCCAUCUGAGUGGAGUUGUCACACACUGUGCCGAGGUCGUCCACCCUGCCGCAUGAGUGGCCCGCCAGAAGCAUCACAGAUUGAGGGGUGCACGCUGGACAGUUCCGCCGCUGAGGUGGAGUAAACUCAUUAGGCCUCCCGGCGUCUGCUAUUUCCCAGUCGGCAAUCGGCACCAGGCAAGGUCACAUCUGCACGGAUGAUUUGGAGUGCAUGAUGCUUGGGGCAUUUUGGUGCCUGACGCAAAGAGGCCAGACCAGGGCCCGAGUAUCCGAGAGUUUGUGACCGGGUGGGGUAUACUGGCGAUAAUUAGGUUUGGGCGUGCGCUGGUCUGCCAGACCCGGUUCACAGCACGCAGCUGCGCACGCCCCUGCGCCAAGGAUGUGAAGUGGGAACAAUGGCGAGGUUGAAUGCUCAAGCUCGCGAAGCGCGCUGAUUCUUCUGCGGUGCAGAGGGGUGGCUGGUGUGUAGAGCGGUAGCUGAAUUCUACCGAGCACGGCAGCUGGCACGCAGGCCCAUGCUGUGGCUGUGAGAGGACGUGGGCUCCGAUUUCGGCUUGUUUGAUAUGCUCGGGGGAACCAGUCUCCCUUAUUGGGCUGUUGUCAUCCAGGCUGGCUGGCUUAGGCGGUCUUAACGUGCCAGAUCGUGUCUGCGGUGUCUCGAGCCGAGGCAUACCGUAUGGUGCACUGCUCCGCGGCUCCGUCGAGCCCACGUUGGCUGUGCAGAUCAGCGGUACCUCCUUGCGUGACAAACGUGAGCGCACGUGUGCUUUGCAGCCAGCGGGUGCGCCACGGGUGUUAGACAGCAGGCAUGCCAGCGCAAAACCCAGCGUGUCGCCCCUCAGAGUGGCAACGUCUUAAGAUAC